AUUCUGGCUGUAGUUAAACUUCUAACUUUCGUUCGGAAUGAUGGAACUGUACCUGCGCUAUUUCAUUCUGUGUCACGGAUUCGCGAUAGGCCUGGGGGCUCUAGUUGUGGCAUUCUUGUCCGUUUGUCUGAAUUUUGAGCAUGACAAUAAAUAUUUGGUUCAAUUGUCAUUCUACAUUUGGAUUGACUGGAUCGAAGAUUGGACUUGGUUUUUGGGAGCUAUGUGGGUUUUGGUUGGCAUUAGCUUUUUGUAUGGAAUUGUGAUGAAAAAGAAAUUGGCUCUACCACCGCUACUGAUUUUGCUGGGUAUCCAUUUGAUGCUGGAUCUUGUUGGAGACAUUCAGAUAGCCCUGGACCCGCAAUACAUACCCCAUUUAAGCUGGAACUUUUCCUCAUUCCUGUAUGGGACCCAUUUGGCUACCAUAGCGUAUGUCAUGCUGCAUGUGGGACUCACCACCGUAAUGUUGGGGAAAUUGAUCGACGAGUAUUCUCAGAAAGCAACCAGGAGGAAAGCUAUUCAGGAGUCUACGGCCGAACAACUAUGAGCAAAACGCCAGAUAAUAUGUUGUAGCUCGGAUGCGGUUAUACUGAAGUCUCUCCUACUCGAUAUUGAAGCAAUAUCAGGCAAUAAUUGAGAUGAAUCAGAGUGGUGAAAUUUUUGAAUCAGCAUGGAAAAACCAAUUGGCAUGACUAAGAUUAACAUGGAGUUAGUUGAUCAUGCUUCAGGUUGACUAAUUUUCGAAUAAAACAAUUACCAUUUCGAUUGAAGACUGGUGGAUAUCCGUGGAAGUAUCAAUCCAAUGCUUCACAAUUCCAUUUGAUUUGAGUUAAAAGAAGCGCAUGAAUCGAAGUCCAUGAGAAUGUACAGAAAAACAGAAAGAAAUCCAAAUUGUCAGUAUUUGAUUAGCUCGAUGUACACAGUUUCAUUAAAGACUAAUAUGACACAUAUUGCAAAUUGUUGACUGUUUG